AUGUUGGGUAUAUCAGUCGGCUUCGAUGGACUUUUAGUAGUUGCUUACCUGCGAGCCAGCCUCGUCAAGAUGAUGGUGGAGACUAUCCUAGAGUCCUCUCAGGACUUUGGCAUGUCGAACGGCUCCCUGCCGCAAUGGAAGCGCGAGCUGCUGCAGCGGCGCGCGUCGCGGCCUCGGCCGGGCCCGCCCCCCGCGCCGCCCGCGCCCCCGCCGCCCCCGCCGCCCGCCGACGACGAGGAGCUGCGCUACGGGCCCGGCAUCGUGAAGCGCCUCAAGUCGCGCUACCUCUCGAGGCGGCGCCGCGGCCCCGCGCGCCCCGCCUCGCUGGGCGCCGCGCACCGCGCGCUCGCCGCGCCCGCCCGCGCCCGCGCGCCGCGACUCCGUCAAGCGCGCGCGCUCCGUGGACGCGCUCAGCCGCCUCGACGAGCCGGACGCGGCGCCGCGCGCGCGCGCCCGCCCCGCCGCCCCCGCGCCGCUGCUGCGCGACGCCGAGCGGCCGCCGCCCGACGUGGUGCGCGCCGCGCUGCGCAAGUUCGAGGCGGCGGCGCCGGCGCGCCGCGCCGCGCCCGCCGCCCGCGUGUGCGCCGUGCUUUGCGCGGCCUCGAGGGCGGCCCGCGCUGCUCCACGCCCGAGCCGCGCGCGCGCUCGCCCAGCCCCGCCGCCGCCGACCUGUCGGCCAUCGACGAGCCCGAGGGCGGCACCAUCUCCGCGCCCUCCGCGCCCUGCGCCAGGCCGGUGUCGCGCGCCGCGCUCGAGGGCAUCGCGCGCGCCGGCUCCUCCGUGCGCUACGCGUUCGAGGCGCCGAGGAGCGGCUCGCACCUGCCCGCCGUGGCCGCCGCCAACCCGGUGCUGCUGGGCCGCGCCCGCCUCUGGAGCGCGCCGCGCCGCGUCGGCGUCAUUCGGCCGAUGCCGCCCGCGCCGCCCCCCGACUGCCCCGCGCCCUCCCCGCCCGACGACUGCGCCGAGAAACCCGCCGAGGAUUCGCGAGGCGACUCGCCGCCGCCGCCGCCCCCGCCGGAGUCGGAGCCGCCGCGGCCCGAUAAGCGGGAGCCGCCCUCGGCGGUCGUGGAGCCGAUGCCGCGCGCCCCCUCGCCCCGCGAGCGCACCCCCGAGCCCGCGGAGCCGAAGCCCGAGGCGCCCCCGAAGGCGACGCUCGACGGGCACCCGGAGCCGAGGGCGCGCGCCGCCGCAUCGCGCAUCGGCGCGGCGGGCAUCGAGCGCGCCUGGACCGGCGCCGGCCCGAGGAGGGGCGCGGAGCCGGCGGCGGGGGCGGGGACGGGGGCGAAGGGCGAGCCGGAGCCCGCGAAGACGGUGCCCUGGACGAGGAAGCCGCGCCCCCCGGCGCCCGCCGCCACCUCGGUGGUUUUCAACUUCUCCAACCGCAAGGAGGUGCCCGACUACAUCGAGAACGACGGCAUCAUUCUGCGCACCAGCCGAAGGAACAGGAUCAAGGGGGGCGAGCCGGGCGUGGUGGUGCUCCGGCCGGAGGCGGCGGCGCGCGACUCGGGCUCCGAGUCGGACGGGGAGCCCGAGCGGGCGCCCUCGCCCUGCGCCGUGCGCUUCGUCAACGACAACGUGCUCAUCAACGGCCGCUCCUCCAUGUGCGCGCGCCCGGACCGACAGCGCAUCGCCAAGUUAAAGCUGCAAUUCGACGAUUCGCUGACGCGCACCUUCGAGUACCCAUCGGAGACGUCGAUGUGCGAGGAGUCGCCGGCGGGCGACGCCUCCGCCCCUGCCUCCGCUCCCGCCCCCCCCGCCCCCGCCACAGCGCCCGCUUCCGCUUCCGCGCCCGCCUCCGCGCCCGCCUCCGCCACGCUCGCCGCCAACACGCACCUGGUGGCCCCCUGCGGCGCGGCGGCUCGCUGCGGCUGCGCUCGCGGCGCCCCGCAGGGGCCUUCGUGUGAGCGGGACGCCGGCGCUAGAUGUCGGGCUCCCUGGGGCGGUACACGCCGAGCAAGACGCACGCCGACGCCUUCCAGCUCGGCCUCACGCGGCCGCACGCAGAAGCGGAGGCGGCGGCGGAGGAGCGGGCGGGCGGAGGCGGAGGCGGAGGCGGAUGCGGAGGCGGCAGCGGAAGCGGGGGCGGAGGCGGGCGACGCGAGGCCGUGCGCCGCCGACGCCGCGCGCUCGUGGAGCGACGCGCGCGCCCUCUCCAGCUCCACCGACCUGCUCUUC